UGAUGUAAACAAACCGCGCAGUGUUCCUUUCCGCGUAGCCUUUCGUUGCAUUCAAAAUUCAAUUUGGCUUAAUUUGCAUAUCAAAUUGCAAAUAAACGAUAAGAAAUUUCUGCGUAUCAUGCUGUAGUGCUAUCAGUAACAAUCUUACUAUCACCCUUUCCAAAAUGUUCCGCAAAUUACUGUCCGUUCCACCCCCACUUCCGUGCGCAUUCCGCCACUUUAGCAUUUGUGAACUUCCGCCGGAACUGGCCCAACUCCAGCAGACAUGCCGCGCCUUUGUAGACUCCCAGCUCAAACCGAUUGCCGCCGAACUGGACCGGGAAAGCCGUUUCCCUAAGGAAGUAAUUGAGCAGUUGGCUGACCUCGGGAUGAUGCGAGUUACCGUCGGGCCGGAAUAUCCGGGUGGUUCCGGGCAGGGCAUGUUGGCGCUUUCGCUGAUCGUUGAGGAACUGUCCCGGGGGUGUGGCAGCACCGGGUCGAUCGUUUCGAUUCACAACUGUUUGUAUGCAAAUUUGCUGGACCGGGUUGGAAGUCGCGAGCAAAAGGACCGGUUCUUCCGGAAGUAUUCGUGUGCCACGUUGGGAGCAUUUGCGCUUAGUGAAGCGGACGCUGGGUCAGAUGUGGCCGCGUUGAGCACCAGGGCUGUGGAGGAUGGCGAUGGGUUUGUGCUGAACGGGACGAAAGCUUGGGUCACUUCGGCGUUGGAGGCGAAAAGUGGGAUUAUUUUUGCCACCGUUAAUCCGGAACUCAAGUAUAAAGGGAUAACCGCUUUUUUGGUGGAUUUUGAAGAAUCCCCAGGGCUUACGAUAGGUCGCCCCGAGGAAAAACUCGGCAUUCGAGCAAGUUCAACGUGCAACUUGAUUCUGGAAAACGUUAAAAUCCCAAAAUCAAACCUCCUCGGAACGAUCGGCGGUGGCUUCCGGCUGGCCAUGGAACAGCUCGAUCGCGCCAGAAUCGGCAUCGCCUCCCAAGCACUCGGAAUCGCACAAGCCUCCCUGGAAGAGGCCAUCGCGUACGCCAAGCAGCGAAUCGCCUUCGGAGAACCACUCCUCAAACUCCCAGCCGUGCGAACCCGGAUAGCGGAAAUGGCCGUUCGCAUCGAAAGCUCGCGGCUGCUGGUUCGCAAGGCGGCCACGGAAAUUGAUCACCAGAGGCCAGCGACCAAGUCGUGUUCGAUGGCCAAGUGGGUUGCGGGAGAAACGGCCACUUUUGCGGCGCACAACUGCCAGCAGAUUAUGGGCGGGAUGGGGUACGUGAAGGAUCUGCCGGCGGAGCGGUUGUACCGGGACGCGAGGAUCACGGAGAUUUACGGUGGCGUGACGGACGUUCAGAAGGGCAUCGUGGCGGACCAGGUGAUUAAGGAGUUUGACUAGGUGGUUGAAAGGUAAGAUAUUCUGUUGUUGUUUACUCAUUGUUAUGUGGUUCAGGGAUUUUUAUUUAGAAAAAAGCAUAUCUUUUGAAGAUAUUACAAUUAUUUUUCAACUUUUGAGCAAUAACGUAAAAUAUAACAAAAAUAUUUAAAUAAUUUU